AUGCUACGAGCCAAGCUCUUUAUCUUGUUGGUGCUGUAUGCCGUUUUUUGGCCAAGUUUGGGAGAUGAUCUUGGCAGGUACAAGAAAUCCCAACUAAAAGACGUAGUGCCUAGAGUUUUUAACCGAAGGAGAAGAGCAGUGUUGUUUCCGCCGGGGUCGUUUUUAAAGUUCACCUGCUCCUUUGCCACAGGUCUGCUGGCCACCUAUCCGAAAGGUAUAACAUUCGUCUUGGAAGAAGCUGUUUAUUUCCCAGUUCCCGGAACUGUUGAGGAUAUAUACCCCAAGAAUUUGCCCAAGACCACGACCAAAAAACCGGAAAAGCUGCCCGAUUCCAUAGUUUACAUACCCGGUACCGAUUGGCGUUUCAAGGCACAGACGUUGCCCAAACCUAAAUGGAGACAACCGCCUCCGAAGACUCAUCGUAUCGAUGAUGAUAGCUAUGCUAAUCCGUUCAAGUGGCAAAAGUGGAAUCAGGAACAAAAAUGGCAGAAUUAUAAGUGGAAAGAAACCGAUCCAAACAAGGCAAAGUGGUCGAAAUGGACUACGCCCUCUCCAAGAUGGGAAAACAAAUGGAAAAAGCCAUCUUGGGAGUCCCACCAUUACCAUGGCCAUAGAGAUCGCAGAUCAUUAUUUGAUCGCUUUACCAAAUUGAGUUCACUGAUUGGCAUAGAUGUUAAGUCUUGUAUUUUACGCACCAUCUGCGAUAGCAAAAAAUUACUCCUGCCACCUGGUUAUUCCAUGCUUCAGGAUAUGUUGCGUGUGGUUUUCACUAUGCCCCGUAUGGAUGGCUUGGAAGAUGAAUAUAGUCGUAUAAUGGACCAAGCCGAGGACUGUGCAGCGGAUUUAAAAUCUAAGUGUAACAUGAAUUUAUUGAUUUGGCUGCUGAGCGGCAGAGUGGAAUAA